GUCAUUGAGAUAACCAUGUUUAAAAUAUUGUAUAUAUAUUUUCUUAUUUUACAAUGUUUUCUGUGUGCUUCAAAAACGAAUGCAGAAAUAAUAAACACGAAUGUAGAAAGAUUGUUGGACUUAUCGUCACAACUUGUGAAGACUACAAUCAAAAUUACGGCUGAGGAAACAACCGGCAAAACCAUAACCGAAUACGUGUUUCUCGUGGCUGAUCCCAAUCUUGCAUUUAUUUCAUUAAAAGAUGACACGGAGAAAAACAUCUUGCUACGAAAAAAUAAGGAAGAUUUAAAUGGGGAUCAAACUUUCACGUUUACUUUUAAGAAAGCAUCCCCAACGCAAACUUUUGUAAUCGAGACAGUCUCCUCUAAGAACAUACGUCCUCAUCCUGUGGAAAUUGAACAAAAUGAUAAGCAAUUGGUUAAAUAUAAUGGAAGUUUAUAUUUUUAUUCAAAAUACAAGACUCGCACGCAGAAAACCAAUGUUAAACUCAGUUCUUCGAAUAUACUAUUCCACACCCAACAAAAGCCGUUUUCAGUAGGAGCAAACAGAAUAAUUUUAGGGCCUUACGAAGACAUUGAAGCCUUAUCUCAGCAAGAGUUGGUUGUUCAUUAUGAAAAUCAAACGCCAUUUUUAACAGUCAACACAUUGGAAAGAACUAUUGAAUUGUCUCAUUGGGGUAAUAUCGCAGUCAAGGAAGAAAUUCAAUUGACUCACGCUGGAGCUAAAUUAAAAGGAUCAUUUUCCCGAUACGAUUUUCAAAAGGAGGGACGCUCCGAUCACUCUGCUGUAAAAUCAUAUAAAACGUAUUUACCGGCCUCUGCAUCUGGAGUCUAUUACCGAGAUACAAAUGGCAAUAUUUCGACAUCAAAUAUGAACUUAGUUCGCGAUUUUAUAGAACUUGAGCUAAGGCCACGGUUUCCUCUUUUUGGUGGAUGGAAAACCAAAUAUACUCUUGGAUAUAAUGUUCCCUCAUACGAAUAUAUGUACAACGAUGGCAACAAAUACCAGCUAAAGAUGCACUUAAUAGACCAUAUCUAUGAUAAUAUGGUAAUCGAUGAAGCUGUUAUAAAGAUUAUUCUUCCAGAGGGAUCCACACAAAUCAAAUUCUCGACACCAUACCAAAUAAGUCGCCGACCAAAUGAGCUAGUGCACACCUAUUUGGAUACGAUUGGACGCCCAGUUGUUACAUUCUCCAAGUCUAAUUUGGUGGAAAGUCACAUUGCUGAUUUCACUCUUAAUUACAGCUUUGAAAAGGUGUCUUUGCUUCAAGAACCCUUACUGGUUAGUGCUUUUAUUUAUGUCAUAUUUUUAUUUACAAUUGUUUUCUUGCGUCUGGACUUUUCAAUUACUUCACAUUCACAUAAAGAAUAAUUAAAUCGUAUUAUA